GUUUCGAGAGAGGAACAGUCACCAGAUUGCUGAUGGGCCAAUAGGUCUCAAUCUGGGGUCCGCCAACUCUGUGCUCAUCUCUGAGAUCCUGUCAACAGGAGUGGACAAUGGAGAGGACAUUCCGCGGGACAUGCUGGUCGGAAUAUACCAUCGCAUCCAGAAACGGGAGCUCCGCACCAACGAUGACCAUGUAUCCCAGGUUCAAGCAGUGGAGAGGCUCAUCGUGGGCAAGAAACCGGUUCUCUCCUUACCCCAUCGCCGGCUGGUGUGUUGCUGUCGACUCUAUGAGGUUCCUGACCCGAAUCGACCGCAGAAACAGGGCCUCCAUCAACGAGAGGUCUUUCUCUUCAAUGAUCUCCUUGUGGUAAGAUACUAUCCCAUUUAUUGCCUCCAUCAAAUACACUGUCUCUCUCUUUCUGUACGCCAUUAUUCAGGCUUAUAAUAGGAAGCAGGCACUGUCGGAGGGUCAGUGC